AUGAACAUGAAUAUUUUUAUUUUGGUUUUUGGAUCAGUUUUUGCCGAGCCACUUAUAAGAGGCGUUCAUUUCAAUGCUACUGUUUUUAAAGAAGAAACUCAAGCUGGUCCAUUCGCAGUUAGUGCGUAUGAUCGUUUAAUGGGCAUGAUGCGAGGAACAAGCUGCGGAAAAGCUUUUUUCCAUGAUUUUCGAUCAAUUGAGACAACGUCAGGAUUUCAGUACAUUCACCUUGACUUCAUUACUCCUUCUGUAUUCUAUGCAAAACGUAACAAGCUAAGAAAUUGCUACGAGAGACUUGGAAUCUGUUGGAAUAAAAUGACGCUGAAUUAUCCAGUUGGCGCGAGCGUUGUUCACGUUGUCCUUGGUUAUUUGAUCGCCCCAGGUUUCAUCAUCUUUUGGAUCUACCGGAACGAUGGCCGAAAGAAAUACUAUUUUAUUGCCCUCGUCCCCGUUGCUUUGGCUUCACCCUCAAUGAACAUCGUCGUUGUUGGGUGGAAAUACGCAUUUGGCUGGUGCCAAGUUUCGACGAUGAUUUCUCAAAAUUGCAACUCUUACAAUUGCUAA